UAAGUGACGUGCUCAAUGAAACGGAAAGUGUGUGCUCGGAAGAAGACAAAUUGGUGUGUAUCGUUAUGGGACUUUUGAGGAAAAAGAACUUCUCAUUCGUAACAGCCUAUAAGGACGAAGCAAUUGUAACCAUACGUGCCAUCAUCAAGCAACUUGUUAUCGAAGUUAUUGCCUCCAGCGAUGCAGAGCUUUGCCUUACAGGCGCCGGCGAAGAGGCGCAAAGUCUCUCCAUCAGCGAGUGGAUAGCGCUGUUGAAAAAAGCCACAGUAGCAUUGUUGACAAUUUUACAACGCAUACGCGCAGUUACCGGCAUAAUGCGACAGACAACAGACGCUGCUGCUGGACGUUGUGGUGGCGUUGAAGGCGUCGCGCAAGAUUCAGCUGUAAAUCUUAUAGAUUCUGAAGCAUUUCUAACCGCUGCUGACCAUACACAAGUGACGGAGCGACUGGAAGAGUUACUGGUGACAGUGUGUAAUUAUUGUCACGAGCGUUGCGCGAAUCUGGUGUCAACGCAGAGCUUGGAACGUGCAGUAGCUACCGUGGAUGAGGUGGGGCAAUUGACGGCGGUUGUAGAUGAAUUUAGUGCAGGUUGUGAAGAAAUUUGUGGCGCACCUAGCGUACCAUUGAAGGUUGCUGCCAAAGUGCAAGCUUCCCGCUUUGCCAAUCGUUUUCACACUGAACGCAAGCAAAAAUUGGCGCUACUGCUCGACUCGGAGCGUUGGCGGCAAGUAGAUAUACCAAAUGAAUUCCAAAAAAUAAUAGACCGCAUGGGCAUGCGAGAUUUCCAACAGCCGGCUAGUAAAUCCUUCGCCGAAAGCUUAGGCGCAACAUUGAAUGGCCAUAGCACUACCAACAGCAGCAGCAGUAGCAACAACAGCAACAGUAUUAAGUCGCAGGCCAAUCCAGUUUUGCUCAUCGAAGGCAAGCCAUUUAGUCUGGUUAGUGCAGCAUUGUUGCUUGUGCAAAUGCUAAGCGACUACUGCCACUGUGCCGCGCGGUUGCCCAUCAUUGCCGGCUACUUGUCACGCAACAUUGUCGACCUGUUGCGCACAUUCAAUUCGCGCUCCUGCCAGCUGGUUAUUGGCGCAGGCGCAAUGCGUGUGGCGGGCUUGAAAACCAUUACAAGCACCAAUUUAGCAUUGGUCUCACGUGCUCUACAACUUGUGCUUUGGUUAUUGCCUAAAAUCAGGGCACAUUUCGCGUCAUACGACGCGAAUUCAGUGUCUGGCUUUGAUUCGAUUGAGAAGGAUUAUCAUAGCCAUAUAAAAGAAAUUGAAAAUAAAAUUUAUAGUAUUGUUACAGAGCGGGUAUCGAUGCAGCUCGAGCAAUGGGAUGCGCGUCCGCCCAUACCAUCGCAAUCAUUUCGUAACAUUUCUCGACAUUUGGUGAAGCUGCACGAAGCGAUUGCGCCCAUACUGCCUGAACAGCAAAUACACAUUAUCUAUGGCAUAGUGCAUCGCAAUUUUAAGGACAAGCUGAGAGAACAAGUCUUGAAGCUGAAUAUUAUUAACAAUGGUGGGCCGCAACAUGGUGUGGUGACGUCAGAGCUGACGUUUUAUAUGGAAACGUUGCGUACGUUGAAAGCAUUACCCCCACCGGAAUUGAGCGACGACAUACUGGAGAGCAUAUGGACGUUUUAAAAGUAUAACGUUAUGACGCGGGGCCGUGGUGAAUCGAUUUCAACUAUUCAACUAUUGUUAUGCAAAUGUUCUACGCAUUGAUUCACCAUAUUGAUGAUUCCUUUUUUGUUAUUAUGCUUUAAGAAAAUUGUUUUAUUAUUAAUUUUACUUACCUCUAUAUAUAUUUGUUUUCAAUUAAUGCAAGCUCAUGUUUGUUGAACUAACAUUGCCAAUUCCCCUCAGGGGUGCAGCAAUGCAUUAAAACGUACAUAUACACUUCACGUUAUUUCGCGACGUGCGACGUUAAGCAAAGAAAUAUAUAUUUUUGUAGCAGUAUGUGUAUGCGGAUGUUGGUGAGGCACAACUGCAAGUAAAAGGCAGCUUUUUACUGAAGGUUAAGGAGUAGCUGAAAUAAUCAAAAAGAAAAAAUAAUAAAUUAAGAUGCGAUAUAUAAGUACAUGCUAUGCCUAUAAAUAGAAAGAAUAAUAAUAUAACUAUAACAAAAAAAUACUAAGAAAUGUUAUUUGUAAAGCGGAAAGCGUGUCAUUAAAAAAUAAACCAAUAAAAAAAAAGAAAUUCUCCCCUUGUACUUAGGCUCCCGAUUCUAAAAAAUUAUAUAAUAAAAAAGACAGCUCGAAAAAUUAA